AACAUGACCACCAACCUGACCCAGACGCACCCACCCAGCAUGACCACCAACCUAAACCAGGUCGGUCCCUUCAACAUGACCACCAACCUGACCCAAACACGCCCUCCCAACAUGACCACAAACCAUAGCCAGAUGAGCCUUCUCAACAUGACCACAGCUCCAAAUCAGAUGGUCCCUUUUAAUAUGACCACAAACCCAACCCAGUUGGGCCCUCUUAACAUGACCACCAACCUGACCCCCAACCUGACCCAAACACAGCCUCCCAACAUGACCACCAACCUGACCCAGACGCACCCACCCAGCAUGACCACCAACCUAAACCAGGUCGGUCCCUUCAACAUAACCACAAAUUUGACUCAAAGCGGACCUCCCAACAUAACCCCGAACCUUACCCAGACGGGCCCUCUUAACAUGACCACAAUCUCGAACCCUAUCAGCCAUUUUAACAUGACCACAAACCCGAUUCAGAUAGGACCUCUCAACAUGACCACAAACCCAACCCAGAUGGGUCCUCUCAACAUGACCACCAGCCUUACCCAGACAGGCCCUCUUAAUAUUACUACAAACCCAUCCCAGAUGGGCCCUCUCAACAUGACCACAAACCAGAACCAAAUGAGCCCUUUUAACAUGACCACAAACCCAAACCAAAUGAGCCCUUUUAACAUGACCACAAACCCAACCCAGAUGGGCCCUCUCAACAUGACCACACACCUGACCACAAACCCGACCCAGGUGGGCCCUCUCAACAUGACCACCAACCUGACCCAAACACGCCCUCCCAACAUGACCACAAACCAUAGCCAGAUGAGCCUUCUCAACAUGACCACAGCUCCAAAUCAGAUGGUCCCUUUUAAUAUGACCACAAACCCAACCCAGUUGGGCCCUCUUAACAUGACCACCAACCUGACCCCCAACCUGACCCAAACACAGCCUGCCAACAUGACCACCAACCUGACCCAGACGCACCCACCCAGCAUGACCACCAACCUAAACCAGGUCGGUCCCUUCAACAUAACCACAAAUUUGACUCAAACAGGACCUCCCAACAUAACCCCGAACCUUACCCAGACGGGCCCUCUUAACAUGACCACAAACCCGAACCCUAUCAGCCAUUUUAACAUGACCACAAACCCGAUUCAGAUAGGACCUCUCAACAUGACCACAAACCCAACCCAGAUGGGUCCUCUCAACAUGACCACCAGCCUUACCCAGACAGGCCCUCUUAAUAUUACUACAAACCCAUCCCAGAUGGGCCCUCUCAACAUGACCACAAACCAGAACCAAAUGAGCCCUUUUAACAUGACCACAAACCCAACCCAGAUGGGUCCUCUCAACAUGACCACCAGCCUUACCCAGACAGGCCCUCUUAAUAUUACUACAAACCCAUCCCAGAUGGGCCCUCUCAACAUGACCACAAACCCAAACCAAAUGAGCCCUUUUAACAUGACCACAAAGGAUAACUGCAGGAGGGAUAGGGCAUGUUUCUCCGCUCCACCUACCUGUAAUCCAGGUGCAGAGGGUUCCUGCUAUUUUCUCUCCACAAGAGGAGUAAGCGGAAAUGCAGAUAAUUUUACUUUUGAGCUCAGUGGCGAGACAGAUGGUUACAUUGGAGCUGGCCUCUCUCGAGACAGCCGUGGUCAAGGUGCCACCGUCUACUCUUGUGCCAAAUUCAAUGGUGCACUGAGGUUAAUUCGUUCCACACUGAACAAUCAAAUACUGACUCAGGAUAAUAUAUUCAUCCCUGGAAGCUUCCGUGGCUCAGUGAUUG